AUGAUAUCAGCGAGGAGGAAAUUCUAUGCAGUUGUCAAACUGGAUAUGAAUAAGGCUUAUGAUAGAGUGCGCUGGGAGUUUUUGUUCCAGGCCUUACAAGCUUUUGGCUUUCCUCCUUACUGGAUCAACAUCAUUAGGCUGUGCGUCACGACAGUGUCAUAUCAGGUCCUUGUAAAUGGUGAGCCUACUCGGGCUUUUCAACCACUCUGCGGGUUGCGUCAAGGGGAUCCUCUUUCCCCUUAUUUGUUUGUUCUAUGCAUGGAAGUGUUCUCUUCUAUUUUGCACCGUGCGGAAAGGAUGCACUUGAUUGAGGGGAUUUCUAUAUCUCGUGGUGCUCCUUCGAUCUCACACUUAUUCUUUGCUGAUGAUUCUCUCCUCUUUUUCCGUAUGUCGCCUGAAAUUUGCGACCAGGUGCUUGCCUUGCUGUCUGAGUUCAGCUCCAUUUCGGGCCAGGUGAUUAACUACCAGAAAUCCUUUGUUAACUUCAGCCCUAAUACUCCGCAGGACUAUUGUGAUUUCCUGGCUGCUUCUUUGCGCUUGGGGCAGCGUUCUUCGUUAGGGCCUUAUCUAGGGGUUCCUGUGGACAUGGGUCGUUCUAAAUGUGAUGCAUUCUACGGCCUAGUGGAUUGCAUAGCUCGCCGAAUUGCUAAUUUUGCUUCCUUGCGCAUGUCGUCAGCGGCAAAAUUAGUGGUUAUCAACUCCGUUCUAGUGGCCUCCAUCACACAUGUUCUUGCAGUUUUCAAGAUCCCGAAGUCGAUUUGUGAGCGGAUCGAUCAAUUGUGUCUUCAGUUUUGGUGGCGUUCUUCUGCUGAUUCCAGGGGAAUUUCAAUGCUUCCGGCUUCUAUUUUACACCUUCCGAAAGGAAUGGGGGGUCUUGGUAUUAGAAGUAUUCAGGAUUUUAAUCAGGCUCUCCUAGCGAAGAAUGCUUGGCGUAUUGUUCACAACCCUCAACUUCUUCUUUCGCGCCUUUUCAGGGUUCGUUACCCGAAUCUUAGUCUUGCUGGCUCUAGGGCUUCAGGUUCUCGGCCUUCUUGGGGAUUUAGGAGCCUUGCUGUAGGGUUCCAAGUUUUGGAUCAAGGGAUAGCUUGGAAACCAGGGGCAGGGAAUCAUAUUCGCAUUACUCAGGAUACUUGGGUUCCAGGUAAUUUGGUUCGGUUCAAGGCAUCGGUUAUUGAGUCGGUUAAGCCUACUCAUGUUUCCUCAUUACUAGAUCCGCGUUCCUACGCGUGGAAUGUUGAGCUGGUGCAUCAACUUUUUGAUGACCACACAGCUAGUCAGAUUCUAGCUUUGGAACGUCCUUCGGUACAGAAGGACGACUUUGUCUACUGGAAAUUUUCUUAUGAUGGAAAGUUUACGGUUCGUUCAGCUUAUGCUAUGCUCAUGGGUCAGAACCACAAUGUGGCCUCGCAGACUACAAUUCCCUCUGCUUCUUGGUGGAAACAUUUUUGGGGGCUAAAGAUUAUGCAUAAGCUUAAGGUUUUCUUUUGGAAAUUGCUUAGGCACUCUCUUUCGUUAGCCUCCAUUCUUCAAAUGGGGGGUAUGCCAAUAGAUCCAGCUUGUUCCUUUUGUCAUCAGUUUCCUGAGACUUUUGAGCAUUUAUUUAGGGAUUGCCCCUUGAUAACCCAAUUCUGGGCUGCUUCUUCUUCUCUUCAAGUUUUGUUGCCAAAUCCGUCAGGCUCUUUGGAGAAUUGGUGUAUGGGGUUUAUGGCAAACUGUUCUUCUUCACGUUUUCACCAGGCUCUGUUAGACAAAUUCAUUUCUCUGUUAUGGUCUGUGUGGAUUCUCCGCAAUAAUAUCAGGUUUCGGAAUGCUGUCUGGGAUCCGGGAGCGUUGUCAGCUUUAUUGGUUUCCUGGACGGUGCGCUGCUCUGAGGUUCGUGCAGUUUCUCCCCCUUCUUCAAAUCAAUCGCGUACUCUCUGUCCUAUCCCGUUGGACCAUCCAGGGCUUUCUCGCCCGGUUAUGGAUUUCUCUGUUAUUUGUCUCAUUUGUGAUGGUGCUUGGAAUUCCACAACCAAUGGGGUUAGGUUGGAUUCUUCAAGAUCCUAUAACUCUGUCCCAUUCUGGGGGGGGGGGGGGCAGGCCUGUGUGUUAGCUUCAACUUUGCAGGCAGAAUUAUUGGCUUGUCUUUGGGGGCUUCGGAUGGCCAUCAAUCGUGGUUUUACUAAGGUUCUUCUGUUUUCGAAUUGUGCUGUGCUUAUUGACUUGGUAACUUCGUCUCAACCAGGUCCUGUUUCGAUUACAUGGGCUCUUCAGGAUUUGCGUCUUCGACUAAGGUCUCUAGAGAUGUUUUCAGCCCUCAAGGAUCAUUUAGGGCACUUUCCACGUUCCCGGUGUUCGGAGGUACGGUCGACGGCGGUGCAGGAGGUUCCCAGGUGGUGCAUCGGCGGCGGUGUAGGAGUUCGUCGGCGGUUUCCAGGUGUUUACACGGGGUGUUUUGGUGCGAUUUCCAGGGGGUUUUCAGGUGCUGUUUGGGUCCGUUUUGCAGGGUGGUUCAGGCGGUGUUUUGCAGGGUAUUUCAGGGUGUUUUUCAGGGUGUUUUGCAGGGUGUUUCAACCGGUGUUUGGUGGUCUGGUUUACGUGAAUUCGCAGGCGACGAUCUGGUUUGGUGGAGUUUCGAAGGAGGUUCUGUUACGUGGUUGGUGUACGUUGUUUGGCAGGGUGUUGGCUGGGUGCAGGAGGUUCGUCGGCGGCUUGUUUGACGCCGGUAGGUUGUUUGGUGGUCUGCUUUGGCCGGCAGUUUGUGUGGCAGUUUGUGUGGCAUUUGUGUGGUUGUCGGGUGCAAGGUGUUGGCUUGCUGUUUGUGUGGCAUUUGUGUGGUUGUCGGUGGCUGGCUACGUGGUUGUCUUGUGCGGUUGUUUGUGUUGCUGUUUGUGUGGUUGUCGGUGGCUGGCUACGUGGUUGGUGUACGAUAUUCGGUAG